GCGGUCCCUUUGUAUAAGUGAUACCCAAUCAGUGCGCUGUGACGGCUCCGCCGCUAAAUGAGGAGGAAAGCGAACACGCCGGGUGCGAGGAUGAUGUGAAUCAGUGUUGCCAUUGGAUCAGUUGGUGCGGCUGAGAGAGCUAUGCGUUAGCUGCAGGGUCGCAGCGCCGUGUGAAAUUGCAGCUGGGCACUGCCAGGCUUCGGCCCACACAGCUGCGACACUUUUGUUGAGGAGAAAAGUGGAAUCAUGGCCUGGGCACUGAAGUUACCGCUGGCAGAUGAAGUGAUCGAGUCUGGGUUGGUGCAGGACUUUGAUGCCAGUUUAUCAGGGAUCGGGCAGGAACUUGGCGCUGGAGCUUACAGCAUGAGUGAUGUUCUUGCCUUGCCCAUAUUCAAGCAAGAAGAAUCCAGCCUGCCGUCUGAGAAUGAGAACAAAAUUCUGCCUUUCCAGUAUGUGCUCUGCACUGCUACCUCUCCAGCUGUGAAACUUCAUGAAGAAACUCUGACGUAUCUCAAUCAAGGUCAGUCUUAUGAAAUCCGGAUGUUGGAUAACCGAAAAAUUGGAGAAUUGCCAGAAUUAAAUGGGAAGUUGGUUAAGAGUAUUUUCCGAGUGGUGUUUCAUGACCGUCGCCUACAGUACACUGAACACCAGCAGCUAGAAGGAUGGAGGUGGAAUAGACCUGGAGACAGAAUACUUGACAUUGAUAUUCCAAUGUCUGUUGGAAUUAUUGACCCCAGAGCUAAUCCGACCCAGCUGAAUACCAUUGAGUUCCUUUGGGAUCCUGCAAAGAGGACAUCAGUGUUUAUUCAAGUUCACUGCAUAAGCACGGAAUUCACCAUGAGGAAGCAUGGAGGUGAGAAAGGUGUACCCUUCCGAGUACAAAUCGACACCUUCAAAGAGAAUGAGAAUGGAGAAUAUACCGAGCACUUGCACUCCGCCAGCAGUCAGAUCAAAGUGUUCAAGCCAAAAGGAGCAGAUAGAAAGCAGAAAACAGACCGAGAAAAGAUGGAGAAGAGGACACCUCAGGAAAAAGAGAAAUACCAGCCUUCUUACGAAACAACCAUCCUCACAGAGUGCUCACCUUGGCCAGAAAUCACUUAUGUGUCAAAUUCUCCUUCUCCAGGAUUUAAUAGCAGUCACAACAGUUUCCCAAUUGGGGAGGGGAAUGGCUCUCCAAAUCACCAGCCUGAGCCUCCUGCUCCCAUUGUAGAUGUAAGUGCAGGAUUGACACCAAUUCAGAACCUCAUGCCAACAUCAACCCCUCAGGAGGCACAACAGUGGCUACAUAGAAAUAGAUUUGCUGCAUUCUCGCGGCUAUUCACAAAUUUCUCAGGUGCAGAUUUAUUAAAAUUAACUAGGGAAGAUGUUAUCCAGAUCUGUGGUCCUGCUGAUGGCAUUCGACUCUUUAAUGCCCUUAAGGGCAGGAUUGUACGGCCCAGGCUCACCAUUUAUGUCUGUCAGGAGUCCCAGCAGUUGAGGGAGCAGCAGCAACACAAACAUGAGAAUGGGGAGCCAGGAAACGGUGCCUUUUACGUUUAUCAUGCCAUUUACUUGGAGGAAAUGACGACCAUUGAAUUAACAGAGAAGAUUGCCCAGCUCUUCAGUAUAUCUCCCCAUCAAAUCAACCAGAUCUACAAACAAGGGCCCACUGGAAUCCAUGUUCUUAUCAGUGAUGAGAUGAUCCAAAACUUUCAGGACGAGUCUUGCUUCAUCUUGGACACAAUGAAAGCUGAAACAAAUGACAGCUAUCACAUCAUCUUAAAAUGAGGCACGAGGUGCCACGGAUCAGAUGAACAGAGACGGAAUCCACAGAAGAAGCAGAUUCUGUCUCUCUCAGCCAUUUUUUUUUCAGCUCACAGGACUUACAUGCACUAGAAACAAGACCCUAAAAGAAAAAACAAAGUGUGUGUUGCCAUGUGAUGGAUUGGCAUACUGUGAUCUUUACCCACCUUCAUUUCUCACCCAGUCCAGUAAUCCUCAGCAGAGAGGCUUUUCUUGUGCAGAUUGAAAGCAGCCAUUCUAUUCUCUUACCUCUGCUCCAUCCCAUACUGUGGGGACUGUAGAGAAUGCUCCUGCAGGCCCAAAGAGGAUUAAAAGGAAAGCAUGUUAAUCAAAUAAGAGGGUAGCUGAAGGGUUGUGAAAGCUUAUUGAUUCUAAAUAUCUCGCAGCUUCAUGUAAUAUGAACACCGUAUGUUUCAGACAUUGUGAACACAGAGAAAGUAAAAGCCUAAGCUGAACGGCAUAUGACUUUGUCGUUCAUUCACUGGCAUCUUUGUUUGUUUUUUUUAUACUCUUAAACUGAAAUGUAAUAAGGCUUUUCAUAGGCUGCUGGAGGAUAUAAAGCUGAUAUUCCAAGUUCCUAAACACUGUGUAAGUGAUCAUCCAAAAGGGUUUCAUUUUUAUGUAGCAUGUGUAUCUUUUGUAUGAUGCUUUUUGUACCUUUCUCCUUAUUCUUCGACUAUCAGCUGUUGCUGUCACCCCACCCAUAAAAGCAAGAAUUUUUACUUGUA